AUGUGUCUGGAGGGUGUGCAGCUCUAUCUCAUGCUGGUGGAGGUCUUUGAGAGCGAGUACUCACGCAAAAAGUACUACUAUCUGUGCGGCUACUGCUUCCCCGCACUGGUGGUGGGCAUCUCUGCAGCCAUAGACUACAGGAGCUCUGGGACCAAGAAAGCAUGCUGGCUGCGAGUGGAUAACUACUUCAUCUGGAGCUUCAUUGGACCUGUUUCAUUUGUUAUUAUGGGCUGCUCAGGAUCCACGAGCACCAUGGCCUCCACCCCAGGUACUGCACGAGCCUUAAUCCGCACUUUAGAGCUUCAGUUAGAUCUGCACGUUUUAAUUCUUUCCUUGUUUUCAGAGUUAAAAAUCAGCCAGAAGCUCAAUGAGGGCAAGACUAAACAGAUUUUUGAGCUCGUGGACCAGCCGGGACUGGUUCUAGUCCAGUCUAAGGACCAGAUCACAGCUGGGAACGCCGUGAGGAAAGAUCAGAUGGAGGGCAAAGCUGCCAUUGCCAACAAAACCACGAGCUGUGUGUUCCAGCUGCUGCAGGACUCAGGCAUUAAGACGGCCUUUGUUAAGCAGCACUCGGACACGGCGUUCAUCGCAGCGCACUGCCAGAUGAUACCCAUUGAGUGGGUGUGUCGCAGAGUGGCGACUGGAUCUUUCCUCAAGAGGAAUCCAGGAGUCAAAGAGGGCUACCGCUUUUCUCCUCUAAAGAUGGAGAUGUUCUUUAAAGAUGAUGCCAACAAUGAUCCUCAGUGGUCAGAGGAGCAGCUGCUGGAGGCCAAACUGUGUGUGGCUGGGCUCACUAUUGGUCAGUGUGAGGUGGACAUAAUGAGUCGCAGCACUGUGGCCAUUUUUGAGAUAGUGGAGAAGGCCUGGGCCACUCAGAACUGCACCCUGGUGGACAUGAAGAUUGAAUUUGGCGUCAGUGUGAAAAGUGGAGAGAUUGUGCUCGCUGACGUGAUUGACAACGAUUCAUGGAGGCUUUGGCCAGCUGGAGAUCGGAGCCAGCAAAAAGACAAACAGGUUUACAGAGAGCUGAAGGAAGUGACCCCAGAGGCAAUGCAGAUGGUGAAGAGGAAUUUUGAGUGGGUCUCUGAAAGGGUCAAGUUGCUGCUGGAGCCCCAGGCAAGCAGCAGGGUGGUGCUUUUAAUGGGCUCCACCUCAGACGUGGCCCAUUGUGAAAAGAUAAGAAAGGCGUGCGCCUCCUACGGGCUCCCCUGUGUCCUCAGAGUCACCUCGGCACACAAGGGUCCAGAUGAGACGCUGCGCAUUAAAGCGGAAUAUGAAGGUGAUGGCAUACCCACUGUGUUCGUGGCUGUGGCUGGGAGGAGUAACGGCCUCGGCCCAGUGAUGUCUGGUAACACGGCUUACCCUGUGAUCAGCUGCCCUCCUCUCACUCCAGACUGGGGACCACAAGAUGUCUGGUCAUCCCUCCGCAUGCCAAGUGGUCUCGGCUGCUCCACCGUGUUGUCUCCUGGAGCUUGUGCUCAGUUUGCAGCGCAGAUCUUGGGGUUGAGGGACCACCUGGUGUGGUGCAAACUGAGGGCAUCCAUGCUCAACACCUGGGUGUCUCUCAAGCUGGCUGACAAGAAGUUACAGGCCUGCAGCCUCUGAAGAGCCCAGCGUGCAUCACACUGAACAAAAGAGCUUUGGUCCAUUUAGCACCCUUGAAGCCAACUGCAGGACUGACAAUGACACAAUUCAUUUCAUUGAGGCAGAGUUUAUAACAUGGAACUGUUUCUAAUAGAUUUGUUAUAGUUUCUCAAUUUUAAUAGAAUUUUAUGGAAUGUUUUAAUUUGUUUAUUUAUUUUUGCCUGCAUGUUGUUGCUGCCUGUGUUUAAUUGUGUCAUUUUUGUAACUUGCUGCUGCCCAUCGUCAGGUCUCCCUAAAAAAAGGUUUUUGUUUCAGUGGGAUCUUCCUGGUUGAAUAAAAGAAAAAGCAAAAAGUGGAAUCAAAACAUGUAAACAGUUUGUUGAUGGUGGCUCACAGCACAGACACGUGGACAGGAAGUCGUGUCAUGGAGCUUUCUUUUCUGACUCAAUGCAAUAAAACAUUUAAAUACUCGUAUUCAUGAAUCUCAUGAUAAUUUGGGGGUUUUCAUGAUUUCUUUCAUCUCACUCAGUGCAUGAACUCAUGAAUACAGCCAAAACAUCCUGUAAAUAUUAGUUUCAGGUUGGAAGAGAGCUUG